AUGACACGAUAUAGCGAUCAUACGAGAGAUCCAUGUCCUUGGGUGAUCUUGAAUGAUACAGGCGCUGCAUUCGCAAUGGGGGCAAUCGGUUCAGGAAUAUGGCACACAGUUAAAGGAUCCAAGAACUCGCCCAGGAAACACGGAGCGGUUGUUGGCUGGGCUGGCUGGAGAGAAGGCUGCGAGUUGAAAAGCAAUAGCCGACUCUCCCCCGGGAGAAAAGGAAGGUCGGGUCGGAAGGGCGAACGUAUAAUUGGUGCUUUAUCUGCGGUGAAAGCCCGUUCUCCAGUUCUUGGAGGUAAUUUUGCUGUAUGGGGUGGAUUAUUUUCUACGUUCGAUUGCGCAUUGAAAGGAAUACGACAGAAAGAAGAUCCUUGGAACGUGAUUGCAAGUGGUUUUCUAACGGGAGGAGUUUUGGCAGCUAGAGGCGGAUUAGCUGCAUCGGCAAGAUCAGCUGCUCUUGGGGGUUUGGUUUUGGCUCUGUUUGAAGGUGUCUCAGUUGCAGUAGCUCGUAUAUCAACGCCAUCAGCACCACCAAUGGUACAUUAA